AUGCAAGCACCGAGAGCGCGGGUGGAGAGAGUGGUAUACAGUGUCGACGAUGGCGAGCCGUCCUUUGGGCAAAUAGGACAGGGCAUUAUAAAGACUGCGCCAAUCGCCAUAAACAGAGAUGAAUUCCUACAAGCCUUUAGGGACCUGUCCUUUGAUAGGUAUCAACUGCAGUUGAAAAAUAACUUGCUACAUCGGAGAUUGGGAGAAUAUUACAAGAAGCUGGACCACGUUUUAAAGCCGUUAGAAGGUGCGUUGGACCUGGAAGAGAAAUAUCAGCAGAAGCUUUUUAGUUACGAGGAGCUGCAAUUGAAGGAAGAAAGGGAGAUGCAAGAUAUAAAGAGGAAAUUGGAAGCCGUACAGUUCAAAUACGAAGAUAAACUGGAGCAUGUUGAGAAAAAUUUUAAUAACCUCCAACAGUUGGAGAAAAGUACUGGAACUGGACUUAUUUAUUCAAAGAAAGGGAAACCCAUUGCUGAUAAGACGGUGGAAAGGUUUCUGACGUUGCAACGGCGGAAAAGCGAGCAAGCGUCAGCUUUGUGCCUCCGCUAUAUCAGAUGCAGAAAUGCUGUGGCAGAAUUAGAGAUAAUUGUUCGUAAAUUAGAGUGCCUGGGACCUGGAUUGUACGUGGCGCAGUACGAACAGCUUCACAUUGAUAAUCAAAAUUUUAUGACGAAAAUUGAAGAGCGUGAGGACGAAUUGAUAAAGAAUCGCUCAAAAUGCACCGAACACAAUCAGAUGCUGGCACAUAUAAGGGAGAAAAUGCAUCACACCGAUGAAGUAAUUGAUUUUGCUGAGUGCGACCUUGGGGAUGCAGAAAUUGAGGUUCUGAGGGCUAGAGAAGAUUUGGGAUCCAUCAAGAGUCGUCGCGAUAAACUGCGAUGGUCGUUGCAAGGGGAACGACUGAAGGCGGGCUUGCUUACAAGGAAGGAUCUCUUGCGUGACUACCAAGACGCCACUGACGAGGUAGUCCAACUUAGAGAGAAGAAAGCUCAACUGCAAACUGAAAUAAAAAAUAUAACGAACCAAGUCAGAGAUGCUAGGAAACAGAUGUGUGCCAGUCAUACAAAUAUAGAAAACGAAGUUGUGAAAGACGAGAAACCUUAG